ACAUUAAUUGCUUCACCCACCCCACGACUGACAGAACAUCCUUUUUUUGAAAAGCAAUGGUUUUCUUUGAUAGAACUUCCGCUUACAUCAGUUCGUAAUUCUAAGUUGAGUUUGAAAUUGUGGAACAUUUGAUUUCAACAUCUUCACCAUCAACUUCUCACGGGCUUCUUUAGAGAAAUGAAAUCUAAGACUUUUCAAUGAUUUCAUCAUGGGUGAUCUCUUUCAACAAGCGUUGUUGGUUAACUUGGUGGCGCUAGUCUGCUUAAUCGGAGUUGGUCGGGCGGUGAGCACUGGAUGUUCGGAUGUCUGCGAAUACUAUGAAUGGGGGAAGGAAGCCAGGUGCCAGGGGCGAUACCUGACCUACGUGCCACAAGAAUGCAACUCAGCCAAGACCUUGAGAAUGCAGGACAACCGACUGCAGCAGCUGGUCAAGGGUUCCUUCAGCAAUUUCACCUAUUUGAAGUACCUGUAUCUGGACAGGAACAAUCUGACGCUGGAGAACGGAGCAUUUGAAGGCUGUUCUCGGUUGCAACAGAUCCAUCUGAAUGAGAUAUGUACCUCAACCAUCGAACCGGACAUGAUGACUGGACUGUCGAAUGUUCUCUACAUGUUCAUGAACAAGGCUGGGAUAGAGGUGAUUCAGCCAGUCACAUUUCAGAACAUGUCUCAACUGAAGUACUUGUCUCUGCAGGAAAACAAACUCACGGCAGCUCCAUGCGAUGCCUUCUCGUCUGCCAAUUCUCUGCAAACUCUAUACCUUGACAGUAAUAAAAUCACGCAGUUGUCAGACGACUGCUUCAGCAGAUAUCCUCACCUGACCAAACUUUAUCUCAAGAACAACCCUUUGGGGGACCUUAACGGUCGUGCGUUUAAUGGACUCACCAAUCUCAACCACUUAGACUUGCAAUAUACAAACUUGACACGAGUGCCAACAGGAAUAUUUCCAUAUGCCAACAGAAUCCACACCCUUCAACUUUCUUUCAAUGACAUCCAGUUUCUCCAUAACCGCGAUUUUGCUAGUCUGACUGUACUAAGGAAGCUCUAUAUUCAGCACAAUCGCAUAAUUAGUAUUCAGAGCCGGUCGUUUGAAUUCCUCGAUUCUCUUAAUGUACUUGACUUGUCAUUCAACAGGAUAGAAUCAAUAGAAACUAGCGCACUUGAUGAUUUUCGGCAUCUGACUGAUCUCCGACUGCAGAAUAACUCAUUGAACUCAACCAGGAAUAUCACCUUCAGCAGCAUCCCUCAGGUUACUCAGCUUGAUCUUUCUCACAACCCCCUUCACUGCGAUUGCUCCAUUUACCCUCUUCAGUACAGGCUUGAAGCAAUAAGUCUUGAGGGAGAUCUGUCCUACAUGGCAACCUGUGCAUCUCCAGCAAGAUUCAAAGGACAAUUGAUUGCAGAUCUCAGUCAUCAUGACAUCUGCCCUUCUGCUGGUGAUAACAUGCCCCAAUUGCCUAGCAUCACCCCUAAAACCCCUCUCUUUCAAAAGGAUCCUAUUGGUCAUCCACAGUUGUCAAAAAUGGAAGAUGUUCAACCGUCUACAGGCUCACUGGAUAGUAAAAUGAUUUAUAUCAUCACUGGAGUUGCCGUAGCGAUCAUUUUGUCUGUUGGCCUAAUCACUAUCAUAAUCAUGAGGUGGCGCCAUAAACGACGCAACAUCUACAAAACGCAUGGACAAUACCAAACCGAACUGAAACAUGGGAUGAAGCCGUCAGAUCCAGCAAUGCCAGUGCCAGCUAGGUUAAUGACUAUCACUGAAAAUCCGAUGGACCAGGGACCGGAACUACCACCCCGACGUCACGACGUCUUUCCUAAUGGGCGCAGGUCGCAGGGUUCCUUGGGAAUCUCAAGUACACAACCACAACAGCCGUCCCAUCCGCACACCAGAAACAUUAUUCGGGCUGAGGAAUCCAAGGAUAGCGGGUACAUAUCUCCCUUGGUGUCUGCUUCGACGAGGCCGCCACUUUCCCCUCAGUGCAGUCUGUCUACGUCCAAUUCACAAGAUGAUGGUGACUAUUCCGAGGUGUUUGUAGAUGAUCAAUCUUGUGGAGAAAAUGAGGAACCAUCAGCAGCAGAAUGGGUAAGCAAGAACUUCGUCCCACCUGAAGCAGAUGCAAACACAAAUAUUGACCAACCACCCGAUCAGAAGAAAGACACAGAAUACAUCCCAUGGCGCACGUGAACUUGUUCUGUCGUAGCAGCUGCUCUUACGUCAGCUACGACCGACAUGGAGUGUUUCAGGCCUGUGCCCACAUAGAGCUCUUGGACUCACUGUGGCAUCAGCGGGAUGGUGGAAGGCCACCCUUGUGGUAUAUUUUGUGUUCGAAGAUGAAACUACCACGCCGCUUCCUGUUAUCUGGUGAUGGAAAUGAAAGAUAAAGGGAUCUGGUUUCCUUUUAUGGAGGCAUAGAGGAUUCAAUGGCACUGUACAACUCCUUCAAAUUCACAACUUUAAUACUUUUACCUCUUGUUCCUUGUUCUUCUGUUAAUGUUGCUACAGAACCAUACUUCUCCGACUGCUGCUACCACAAAUAUACGACUUUACUUCUACUAUUUCUAUGAUGACGACCAGAAGCAAUUCGAGUCGGAUGAGGCACGAAUCUUUGCCCACUGGUGUGCAUAAAAAAAAAUAUAAUGGCUGGAUCUGCCACUGACGACGACGCCUAUACUUCUACCAUUUUGUUUAAUUCGACGACCUUUCGGUUAUUUUAGAGCGUCUCUCAGCCCAGUCUCUCGUCGGAUCCCUUCUCGCACCCAAGUCGUUUUGGCGUAAAUUAAAACGUGCAUUUUGCUUUUAUACCGACGUAAUUUUAAAGAAAUUUAUUUGGAAAGUCAUUUUUGGUGAAAACUUUUAUAGUAAAGUUUGUUCAGAGUCCGACUCUGGAAUAAACAAGACCACUGACCUUGAACCAUUCUUCGUGAUUAGAACUCUGCAUAGCUGGUCUAUAAAAGUAGCAAAUCACUCUUCAACUUCUGCUUUCUGUUAAUUAUUGUUCCAUUAUAUUGUUCAAAACUUUCGAUUGUUUGAUAUUGUGUAUCGAUGUCUGAGAUGACAAGUUUUAUUAUUUUUUUUUACAAUAACCAAAAUGAAAUGAUGAUACUGUAUUAUUCAUUCGUAACGUGAUUCUAUAGAGAUACUUUAAUGCUUCCAGAGGGAUUUGAUGUAAUAUUCAGCCAAGGUAACAAAUAGGUGUUAACUGUAAAUAAUGUUUUUACUUUUGUAUUUGUGCGGGCACAAGGAUUUUUAAAGUACUGUAUUUUACCUUGAAAAGAUGAUCAAUAUCUGGCAUGAGUUAUAAUCUUUGAAGACAAAGAUUUUCUCGCACAAGCCUAAUGUGUAAAAAUUUGCAAUAGCAGUUUGUAUUCAUGUAAAUAUAAAAUGAAGUUUGCAAUUUGCCAUUAAUAGUAAUGGUUUGGUUAAUUGUUUUGAAUAAGUUGAAUGAAAGUGUAUUAUGUUGUAGAUUGCAUAAUGGGUCAUAGGUUACCAUUUAAUAUGGUCCUUGUCUUACAAAUUGUGAUUGAUGCCAUCAAUCUAAACUAUGGCAAGUCAACUGUGCCACAAUAGUCUUAAUGCACGGUCUAUUUUGUAGCCCCCCCCCCCCAAAAAAAAAAAAAAAAAAAAUAGAAUGAACAUAUCAAUAAAUAAAUAAAUGAAUAAAAUUAGUUAAUUAAUUAAUUAAAUUAAAUGCGACAAGGUAAGCUGUAAGCUCCAGCCGAUGUGCAUUCUGGACCGUUGUGCUGUUGGUUGCCCAAAGUUGUGAUAGGUUGGAUUAAUCUAAAUCUUUUUGUGAAACACACUCAGAUGAAGUCCUUCCAGAGUGAUUGCGAUUAAUAAUUGCAAUAAUGCUUGUAUAUGCUAUGCAUAUAGUGAAAAUGAUAUUAGUGUACCGGUUAUGGUGAAUAACAUAGCUUAAUUUGUCUUCCAAAUAAAUGGACAACUUUUCAACCAUUAUUACUUGUUUUCAUGAAGAAAAACACAUUAAAAAUAUUUGUGAACGGUAUAUCAGUCCCCCGUUCCUCCAUCUAGGCAAGGUUUAUGUCUAGUUUUUUUGUUAUUAUGUCUUUGUGAACUAAGGGAGGAACAAUGAUUAGGGGUUUUAUUUUUCUUCUUGAGAUAUUUUUUACAUUCCUUGUAGACCAUUUUCCUGUCCAUCGAUUGCCAUAAUUUCACAGACAGUCUUAACUCACUUUUUCAAACUAUCAUAUUGCAAUAUUGCAUUCCUGAUAAUGUAUUCUUUCAAGCUUUGAGGACCUCGGCCCUGUCUUCAUGGUCUUACAAAGAGUUGCUAUUGAUCCGAUCCACCUCAGCUAUAUUUAAUAUCCAUCAAUGUCAUAAUUUCUACUACAGGAAAUUUGGACAAUGUCUUUUGUAAAUAAAGAAAAGCACAUUGAAUUUUCAAGAAAACAAUGAACGUAUAGAAAUAUACAUCACAUCUGGAAAAUAUUUUGAACAAUCAUGCAGUUUAUAUGUUGAUGUUCUUGGCCUUCCACGUACAGUUGUGGUUGAUCGGAACGAUCGCAACUCUUUGUAAGACGGGCCCAGACAUUUCCUUUUUUGUCCCUGAAUAGAUGGUAUGGCGUAGGCCUAAUUUUCGACAUUUCCAUUGCCUUAUACUUAUCUGCUAUAAUUCCAGUACUUCAACCAUUUUCAUUGAUUUUUGUUUAAUCAACAACAGCUGAAUAUACUGAUGCCAUUUUUAACAAGCACAUAUAUAAUUAUGUAUAUAGAUUUGUUUAUUUGGCAUAUCUUCGAUAUUAUUCUAGGGUUCUGUAUCAAAAUUGGUUAGUCUAAACCACGGGGUCUAAACUAUUAUACGCCUAUGUAUUCAUGUUCAAAGUGAUGUGGUCUUUUAUAAGCAUAUAAUGUAUGCGAAAUGUUAUACUUUUAUUAUGCCCUUUAUACCAUUGCAUGUGUUUUAUGUCGGUUCGGGCAUUUCUGCUACGUCAAAAAUUAUCGUGCAUGUUGUACUGGAUCAUAUUAUAUAUAUAUGUCGUGUAUACAAACGAUGCCUAUUGUUUAAAAACUUUAAUGCGUAUCCAUAAGUCAUCUACAUUGCAAAUGAAUAUUGAUUUUAGGAGUGACAGGUUUUGCAUAUUAAUUAUUGGAAUUUGCAUGCAAAUGUUUUUAAUCCAUCAUUCUAUAAUCAUGACAGUUUGUUGAUCAAUUGCCAUUGACUUUUUGUAAUGUCUUGUUCGAUUAUUGUCCUGAAGCUUUCAAUUAAUUUUGUGUUUUAAUGUUUUAUAAUGUCAUAUUAACACUGCCAUAAUCAAGAGUUUAUAUUUUUAUACAACUUUAUACUUUCAUAUAAUUAUAUAAAUGACUAAAUCAAACAUGUAUGCUCGAAUUUGUGUACAUGUUUCGAUGUAUUUUGUACAGUAGAAAUGGUGUGUGUGUAAGAAUUGGUUUGCGAUUACCAUGCUUACUGUUUACUAUGUUUUUAUAAUGUAAAUUUGCAAAAUGUGUAUUGAUGCAUUUUAAACACCAAUAAACACAAAAAUUCAAAAGUGUGA